AAAAUAAUGAGAGCUCUUACCAUAAUUUGCUUAGUGGCUGCUGUAUUAGCAACAGAUACAAACAAAUUUGCUGUGCUUCUAUAAACAGGAACAAGAGGAAAUGAUGCUGUUGAAUCAGUAUAUAACCUUUUGAGAGAUCUUAAAACAGAAAAUGUUAAUGUCUAAGCAGCAGCUGAUAAAAAGAAUAACACAGAUGAAGGUAUCUUCAUAGUGUUAUAUCAUUAUAGAAAUCUUUUCUUAAGUUAUUGGUGACUUGACAAAUGUUGCUUCACUUAAUAAAUAAUAAUGGGAAGCAUUAGGUGCUGUUAGAACAGAUGUUGAAGCUUAAAUUAGAGUAUAUUGUAUUAAUAAUUUUAGGAUGGAUAUUCUUGGUUAUCUUGGGCUGAAUCAAGACUUGCUGAAAUUGAAAGAAGAAAUGCUUAAUUAUAAGAUUAAAGAUGUUGGGCUAAUGGACUCUUUGUUAAAUCACUUGCUGAUCAUGCUGAUGCUGUUGCUGUUGUUUAACUUUUAUAAUAAGAUGUUGCAGGUUAUCUUACUAAUAAUGCUGGAGUUGAACUUGUUGAAAAAGCAUAAACUAUUGCUGAUAAAUUAUCUGCUUAUAGUCAUCUCUUUUAAUAAGAUGCUCUUUAAAAAUUCUAAUCACUUGCUGAAGUUAAAAGAGAAGGAACUACUGGAGAAUAAGUUCUUUCUAUNUUUCUUUAAUUUGAUGCUCUCCUUCAAUUUAGAAGACUUAGGUGGAUUUUGGAUCAUAACAAUAUAAUAAUCAUAGCAAUUAAUUUUAGCCAUGCAGCUCUACAUUUGAAUAAGUAUUUUACUAUUCAGCAAUAAUAGAGAGAUCGACUUAAGAAGUUUUGUAAUUAUUUAUUUCAAAUAUAAAUUAAUAAUUAACGAUUAUGCUCAAAUAGUAACCUUAAUCAGCAAAGAGUGGAAAUGCUAUUAAACAAAAAAAAGAAACUCUAGAAAGAUUUGCUUAUUGUAAUAGUUAAUAAUUGUUCUAAAACAAUAUUUUUGAUCUGAGACAAUUUAUAAAAUAGAAUUAUGAAAAAUAUUGUGAAUUAUUAGAGAGAGUAGAAAAUGGAAAAUAAUUGGUGAAGUAAAAGAAAGAAUGUUUAGAAUAAUUAAAAAGCAAAUCUGAAAAUAAAACAAAUAAACCUAAAGCCAAUUUAUGUGUAUAAGAUGAGUUAACUUAAUUAAAGAGACAAAUUGAAAACAAAUAGGCUAUGAACAAUGAACUUAAAUGUUAAUUAGAAUAAAUGAAUUAAUGGACAAAAAAAUAAGAUUUCUUUUAAGAAUAUUAAGAAAUUUGUAAAUAGGUUGAGGAUUUAAGAAUAUAAAAUGAUUAAUUAUUAAAAGCAUGA